AUGGAUCCGCCCGUUUCUAUCGAUGCUUUAAGAGCUAUGUUGAACGACAAUAUUUACAUAAGAUGGGCAGGAGUAAUACCAGGCUCGCCCGGCGACUGUUCUGUGUACAUAACCAAUCGAAUAGGUCACAAACGUCUACUCAGAGUAAAUGUAAACUUGGGUGACCAGUACGUAUACCACCCUACAAUAGAGAACCACGACCCAGAUUUUGUUGCCAACCCUGAAGGACCGUCGUGCAGAGGCCCUCGCAUCACGGACGAACAAUGGGCAUCCGUGCUAGGCGUCAAUGUAGGAGGGGCAUGCUUUCCAGGAGGCGGCCGCAUACCCAUACCUGUGGAAGGCUGCGCGUGCGGUUACGAUAUAGAGGUGGAUAUAUCUGAUCUCAAAGGCUCGCAAUUUCCGUUGCCCGAUGCACAGACGCGCAUAUUGUCUAUAGCAUUGUGGUGCAGCUGCGGAUUUAAGUGGCUGUGCUCGACGAAGAAGGCCAAGGAUCACGAUGUUGUACACGCAGAGAACAACACCGAGCUUGUAUCUUUGUUUAUCCACGCCGUGCAACAUCACAUGCCUUUGUGGCUCGUGGGGUGGAACUGCUUCGGAUUUGACAACUUGUGCAUCGAAGCUUCUGCGUCCUCCGAGCAUAGAGCGAUGUUCAGGAAGACCGGUAUCCGCGGUCCCGCGGGUAACAAGCCAGUGUAUACCAUAGAGAUACCAGGUGUGUACAACGUAGACCUUUUCGUGUAUCUGGACAGGACUAGGAGAGGCACGUUCCCUAGCCUAAAGCUCGGAGAUGUGGCGAAGCAGCUCGGCGCGCCGCUGAAAUCUUCUAUGCCAACCAUGGUUAGUGAUGACGACAUAAAUGAAAUGCUAGAGUACAAUAUGAACGACAGCAUGGUCACCGUGAAAAUAUGGGAAAUUACAGGAGUGGCAGCGGAAGUGCUCAGUCUGGCAGAUGUGCGUAACCCUCGUGGCAUCAUAGUGCAUAAGCGAAAGCAAGUCCUUUAG